GGAACCGGAAGCGGAAGCGGCGGCGCGGCGGGAGAUUCGUGCGGUGCCGGCGGCGGGCAGAAGUUCAUCCUGGCGUCCCCAGAGGGGAAGGGACAGGGGGUCCCGCUCCCCUACCUGCUCCCCCUGCCCUGACCGUGUGUCUGCAGUCCCUGGCAUGGUGCAGAUCGUCAUCUCCAGCGGUGGCGCGGGGGCCCUGGCACAGUGGGUGCUGCUGGAGCUGCAGGGCCAGGUGGAGCCCCGGCAGAGCGGGGACCUGGCUGGGAGCCUGCUGGGAGACCUGCACUACACCUGCGAGGGCGUGCCCGUGCUCAUCGUGGGUCACCACAUCCUCUACGGGAAGGUGGUGCAGCUGGAGAAGCCGUUCGCUGUGCUGGUGAAGCAGGCAGGAGCCUCCCAGCCCAGCCCCGCGGGGCCCCACGGCCACUACACCGUUACUGCCCUCAUCAAAACCAAGCUGCUCUUCAAAACCCGCCCCAAGCCCAUCAUCACCCACGUGCCCAAGAAGGUCUGAGGGCAGGGAUGUGGGCUAUGAACUGUGAUCUGCUGCUGGAGAAAGCAGCGGGGACUUGGGGAGAUCCAGGACCUCGUCCCUGUCCUGCACAGGGGACUCUGGCACUGCUGGGUGCUGUCUGGGCACCCAGAGCCCUUCCUGGGUCACUUGUCCCCCCCAAAAUGACUCUUUUCAGAGAGCAGCCGAGCUCUUGGCCACAGACCCUGUGGAUCACUCCAGGAGCUGUGGCUCCUGGCAGGUAGGGAUUUCCUGUGAGCCUGGGCAGGGGUGUCCCACCCAGGGGCUGCCCACCGUGUCCAGCAGGUCCCAGGGAUCCAUGGAGGUGCCAGUGUGGAGAUGUCUCCUUCUACCCCGUCCCUCCAGCUGCAGGGACACCAGUGCCCCGCGGGGACUCGGCCCCAACCUCCCUCAAGUCGGGCAGGGGGUUCAGGGACCCUCCCCAAAACACACCGUGUGUCCUCACUUCAAGUCUUUAUUUCCACAACUCCGUCAGGAUAUAAAAACCAGCCUUUUCCACCCGAAAUAUGGAAAAAAAUUCCCCUGGCAGGUUCAAAAAUAAAUAGAUUUACAAACCA